AUGGCCUUCGACGGAUUAAAGCCUAAUCGUCCGUCCAUCGGAGAAUGUUACCGCUUCGGAAGGGAGCUUGGGCGAGGCCACUUCGGUGUGGUGCGAACGUGCUCGGACAAGUCGACGGGAGAGCAUCUAGCAUGCAAGACGAUUCUCAAGGACAAGAUACAGAAAGAAGAAGACCUGAGGGAGUUCGCGGCGGAGAUGACGACGAUGAUUCAUCUGCACGGGACGCCCGGCUUGGUUCAGCUGAGGGAGAUAUUCGACGACGACUUGGCGGUGCAUUUGGUCAUGGAGUUCUGCCAAGGCGGCGACUACUUCGACCACAUCGCGAGGAAGAAGCGACUCUCUGAAGGCGAAGCGGCGAAUAUCUUCAGGCAAGUGGUGGUUUCCGUCAACGCCAUGCACGGUAAAGGCUUCGUCCAUCGCGAUCUCAAACCGGAGAACAUCCUCAUCGCGAAGCCCGCGUCACACUCUAACGAGGAUGUCGAAGUGAAGAUCGCGGACUUCGGGCUGGCAAUCCCCGUACACGAGGGAGAGGGAAUCAAAGGAGUCGUCGGCAGUCCGUUCUACAUGGCGCCUGAAGUUAUCAAGGGGAAACUCUAUGGUGUCGAAGUUGACGUGUGGAGUCUCGGAGUUAUCCUCUACACCAGCCUCGCAGGAGUCCUUCCGUUUUGGGGAAAGGGUCACCAAGCCGUUUUCACCGCCAUCUGCCGCGCUCAGCCGGACUUCGAUCGCAGUCCCUGGCCGUUGAUCUCCACCGAGGCGAAGCAUCUCAUCCGUCGGAUGCUAACGCUCGACCCGACGAAACGGAUACGCGCGUGCGACAUCCUCGAGCAUCCCUGGAUGAAGUCGGCCCACGCAAACGGGGCUCCGCGACGUCGCAGCAGCCUUCUGCGAAAAGUUUUUGGCGAUAUCUCGGUUCAGUGGCCCGCGAACCUGAUUCCCGGAAUUUCCGGGCUCGGAGGGGCCGCUCCUGCUCCGCCUGCGUCUACACCUGCGGAUCCGGUUGCGACGAGCGACGACAGCAAGGCGGAGACGUGUUCUGCCAAGGAAGGCGAAAAGGGUGCUUCUGGCCCGUCGAUUCCGCCCGCGUCGCCCGCCAAGGACGCUGCUUCGGAAAGCGUGGAGGUCAAGGACAGCGCGUCGGAGGAACGGAAGGCGGUGGUUCCAGUAAUGGUUCCAGCUCCAGCGGUGAACGGCUGUGUGGCGAACGGGGAUGAGGGGAGCGGAACAGCGGCACUGCGCGCGCUGAAGCCCGUUCCGAACCAAUCGAGGGAGAAUGCGGGGGUCACGACGGCGGGUGUUCCGCGCUUCAACGCUCUGAAGGCUUCAUGUAUCGGCGCGGAGAAUCAUCCGCCAGCAGGGCAGCAGGUUAUUUCGGUCGAGUCACAUUCCGCUCCUCGAGUCUGCCCUGUGGGUGGAAUUUCUGUUGAUAUCAGCUCAGGUUGCGUUUUUAGCAACGAUUCAAGCGAUGGGUGUAGCGACUCAACGGUCUACAGUGACGGAAGUACCGAGGCUGGCGAUUUCAGCAGCGACGACAGUAACUCGAGUCAGCCACGCGAAGAAUACUUGCCGUCGCCCAGGACCCCGCCUUCGCGAAGAUCUGGAGCAGCAAAUGAGCGGGAAAUUGUUGGCAGCAGCAACAACGGUCAGAAGAACCGUCAGGUCCAGAACAACCAUCAGCUAGCCUACUCCAUCGCGCACCCGUUCCCCGGCCUUUACGCUUGUCCCAACUCGCCCAGUUUCACUCCAUCGCCGUCCGCUAUCGCCGGCGCGAAUGGCGGUCAUCAGCUGGGUCCGUUCGCGUCCGGCGUGGGAUUCUGCUGGCCUGCCGGGAUUUUCAGUCCGCCGGAUAACGCGCGCGGGAGCAUGUGUUUGCCAGAUCAGCAGCAGCAGGUGUCGCCGAUGUCGCCGCGUCUCCCGCCGCAAGUGGGUUUCCCCGAGCUGCAGCCUCUGCCGCCGACGCUCUACUCCGCCUUAGGCUCUGAGUCCGCGUCAGCGACGCCACUGCUACGGAUGCCAAUGCCGACGCCGGAUUCGUCGCACGGUUUCGUGACUCCUCAGUCGUCGCAGGCAGACGCGGGGGUUUCUGAUCCGGCGCAUCUGGUGGCGGUUCCUUCGAUUUCGGACAACAUCCCCGUUUCACCGUCUCAGCUUUCUUCGUCUGCCACCCUUUCAUCCGCGCCCGAGUCCGUCGCGCUGGAGAUCGACCUUGUCGCAGCGUGGGACGAGCAGGAGGCUGGUGCUGCGUCGCACGGCGACGACAGCGACUCCGACAACGGUGGCGACGCCGUCGACGGCGACGACGAGGAGGGAGCAGCGGAUCCGGUGACGGAGAUGGCAGCAGAUGCUGUGUCGGAAAUGGCGGAAGACGCGGUAUCGGAGAUGGGAACAGGAACGCUCGAAGACCUGCUGGCCGCUGCCUUGGCGUUCGACUCCCCGUCUUCCGCGUCGCCCGCGUCGUCGCGCUCGUCCUCGUCGUCGGAUGUCAGCGCCGCGUUCAGCCUGGGCAGCAGCAAGCUAUCGUGGACCGGCUUCAACCCCCCAGCGCUCCCCGCGCUGCCCUCCCCCGCGCCGCUGCCUGCUGUCCCAGCGUGGCCGCCCAACGGGGAGGUGGCGCCGCUGCGGCAUGAGGUGUCACUGGAUCCGCAAGGGACGCCGGUUUUGGGGCAGGCCGGUGUGGGUAGUCCGAGUCCGUCUGCUGGUGGUUCACUCGUCGCUUCUCCAGGGUCGCUCGUUCCUGCUCCCUGCUCGCCCGCCGCUGCUGCUAGUCCCCAGGGUCAAACGAUUCUGGACGAUAUCGUGCGGUUCUCGCUCCGGAGCCACGCGAAGCGGCUCCGUGUCGAAUCGUCGUCCGGUGCUGAGGAGGAUAGUAAUGGCAGCGAGGAGCUUCCUAAGCCGGCGGAGAUCCCAAGGCAGACGGAAAAUCUGACGGAACGGGGGUUUUCCAAGCAGGAAGAGGUUCCGAAGGAGAUAUCCGCGUUAGAAGGUGAAAGAUGUCGUCUUGAGGAGUCGGAUGACGCGAAGAAGCAGGAUCCCGGGAAGGGAGACGACAGGCCAAAGGAAUCUUCAAAGAAGAAGCGGCACUCCAACAAGACCGCGAAGCUCAAGCAGAGCAAGUUAGAUGCCCGCAGGGAGCAGUUUCUCGCGCAGGUUGCUGCUGCCAAGGCGGCGACACCCAGCGUUCAGAUAGCGAGCGUGACAGGAGCGAAAGUGCAGCUGCUGCGGGGGCUGCCUGGUUGA